UCAUGAUGGGCGCGUAGGCACCGGUUUUGCUGCCGUACGAGAAAAAGUGGUGUCAAAAGGUGCUGUUGGGAGCCAGUUCUCCCUCACUCUCUACCAGCAAAACAACAAACGCACACACACGCGCGCGUACGCGUUACCCACGCCAGUGCCGCCCUUAGUCCCAAGGACGUGGAGUAGGUUCCUCUAUUUCCGGCCUGCCUCAGUAAUUGCAUUCGGAAUUGGAAGCUUACAUCCUUCGUGCUUGUGAGUGUGUCUGUGAGUGUGUGUCAGGCUCCAGCAUCCAGCAAAUGGUGUGAAAAAGCUGUUAAAGAGAGCCCGCGCGUUAAAAGAGAGUGUAAGUGAUCAGUGUGACUGCCAAGGCUUGGUACAGGAGGGUUAACACCGUGUCGGAAAAGCGAGCAAUUUCCCCGAAAAACAUAGCUAAACCUCCCGGCUAUCAGUGUAAUGUCAGUACGUACAAAUAUGGGCCCUGCAGUGUAGAUGUGUCAAUGUAUGUGUGUGUGUGUGCGUGUUUAUGGGCGCCUCGCCUCGCCACAGUGAAGUAAACAAAUCCCUUUACCAAUGCCAUGUGUCCCUGCUGAAUGGCACCCUUUUACUGCAACACUUCGCUAUCUAAAGCCGGAAACAAGAAGCCGGAAAGUUUAACGCCGUUAGUGUCCAUGUUGUAACCCAGCAUCCUACGUGUGUCUGUGUGUGUGUUUGUGCUUGCAGCCGGAAGUAAAGCAAACAACGUGAAAGCACCAUAUUUAAAUGGUCCAAGUAUUGGCCGCGAGUAUUAUCUGCUCACCACUUUACGCUGUGUGAUCCCUCCCAUUGUGCGGUGUGAUUGCUGCAAUUUACUUUUCCACGGAAGCGAAAAGAAGCAGAAUAGUGUCCCCGCAAGUUACCAAGCAAAACAAGCGCCGGUGAAGUGUAUCGGUAUUUGUGUUUCUUGUGCCGGUGGUGUUUUCUGUGUAAAUAUAUAUGUGUGCAAACGAGUGGGAGCCCCGGGAAGUCGAAAGCAUAACGGGCGAUAAUUAUGGAAUUAAUCACUAGCAUGAGCCCCUACAGCAGCAACAACAACAGCAACAGCACCUCCACCAGCGGUGGCGGUUGGCGGUUUAACAAUAAUAAUGUCCCAUCGUCGAGUGUAGUCGGACGAAGAUCGAAACCAACCAUUAUGCAGCCAUUAGCUCCCGUUGUACUACUGCUGGCGCUGGUAGUGUUUAGCCACAUGCCAGGUCGGGUGUUGGCCAACGCACAGCCCCCAACCGAGAAGAUCCCACUAGGUGCAAUAUUUGAGCAGGGGACCGAUGAGAUACAGUCGGCGUUCAAGUUUGCGAUGCUCAAUCACAAUCUAAACGUUACGGCCCGGCGGUUCGAGCUGCAGGCGUACGUCGACGUCAUCAACACGGCGGAUGCAUUCAAGCUUUCCAAACUGAUUUGCAACCAAUUUUCCCGUGGCGUGUUCGCCAUGCUGGGAGCCGUCUCGCCCGAUUCCUUCGACACGCUGCACUCGUACAGCAACACCUUCCAGAUGCCGUUCGUGACGCCCUGGUUCCCGGAGAAGGUGCUCACCCCGUCGUCCGGCUUCCUCGACUUUGCCAUCAGCAUGCGGCCCGACUACUAUCAGGCCAUCAUCGAUACGGUGCGGUACUACGGCUGGGAUCGGAUCAUCUACAUGUACGACUCGCACGACGGCCUGCUGCGGCUGCAACAGAUCUACCAGGGACUGCGGCCAGGCAACGAAACCUUUCACGUCGAGACGGUCAAGCGGAUAGCGAACGUGAGCGAUGCGAUAGAGUUCCUGCGCACCAUCGAGGAGCUGAACCGGUGGUCCCGGAAGCACAUCGUCCUCGACUGUAGUACCGAGCUGGCCAAGGACAUCGUGGUCAGUCACGUCCGGGACAUCACGCUCGGCAAGCGGACCUACCACUAUCUGUUGAGUGGGUUGGUGAUGGAUGAUCGCUGGGAGAGCGAAGUUAUCGAGUACGGGGCAAUCAAUAUCACCGGCUUCCGAAUCGUCGAUACGAGCAAAAAGUACGUCAAGGAGUUUCUUGAUGGAUGGAAGCGAUUAGAUCCGACCACAUCGCAGGGCGCCGGCAAAGAACUGAUCUCGGCCCAGGCUGCCCUCAUGUACGACGCCGUGUUCGUGCUGGUGGAAGCGUUCUCCAAGAUUAUGCGCAAAAAGCCGGACCAGUUCCGGGCGUACACGAUGCGCAAUCGAGGCCAACCGUUCAACCUGCCCACCAACGGAACGCGAACGCUGGACUGCAACACAUCCAAGGGUUGGGUGACUCCGUGGGAGCAUGGCGAUAAAAUUUCACGCUACCUGCGCAAGGUGGAAAUAUCGGGCCUCACCGGUGAUAUCAGAUUCAACGAAGACGGCAAACGCCAGAACUACACGCUGCACGUGGUCGAGAUGACGGUCAACAGUGCGAUGGUGAAGGUGGCCGAGUGGUCGGACGAAGGUGGACUGGCGCCGGUCGUCGCCAAGUACACGCGGCUCAAGACGGACAUGCAUUACGAGCGGAACAAGACCUACAUCGUGACGACCAUCAUCGAGGAGCCGUACAUCAUGCUGCGACAGCCCGAACCGGGCGAGACGCUCGAGACGAACGAACGGUUCGAGGGCUACUGCAAGGAUCUGGCCGAGCUGGUGGCGAAAAAACUCGGCAUCAACUACGAGCUGCGGAUAGUGAAGGAUGGUCAGUACGGUUCGGAAAACCCCGACGUCAAGGGUGGCUGGGACGGGAUGGUGGGUGAGCUGGUGCGGAAGGAGGCCGACUUUGCCAUCGCUCCCAUGACCAUCACGUCCGAGCGGGAGCGCGUCAUCGAUUUUACCAAACCGUUCAUGUCACUCGGCAUCUCCAUCAUGAUCAAACGGCCGGUCAAGCAGAAGCCGAGCGUGUUUAGCUUCCUCAAUCCACUGUCCAAAGAGAUCUGGGUCUGCGUUCUGUUCAGUUACGUCGGUGUCAGCAUCGUCCUGUACAUAGUGUCACGCUUUUCGCCCUUCGAAUGGCGACUAGUUAAUUAUAACGGCGAACAACCGGACGCAGUGCCACAGGCGACGGUAAAUGAGUUUAGCAUUCUGAACUCAUUCUGGUUCGCUCUGGGCGCCUUCAUGCAGCAGGGCUGCGACAUCUCGCCACGCUCGAUCUCGGGCCGGAUCGUCGGCUCGGUCUGGUGGUUCUUCACGCUCAUCCUAAUCUCGUCCUACACGGCGAACCUGGCCGCCUUCCUGACAGUCGAGCGCAUGGUCACGCCAAUCAACUCCCCGGAGGACCUGGCCUCGCAAACCGAGGUCCAGUACGGCACGCUGAUUCAUGGCUCGACCUGGGACUUCUUCCGGAAAUCACAAAUCUCCCUGUACAGCCGCAUGUGGGAGUACAUGAACUCCCGCAAGAACGUGUUCGUCAAAACGUACGACGAGGGCAUCCGCCGGGUGCGUACCUCGAAGGGCAAGUACGCGCUGCUCAUCGAGUCACCGAAGAACGAGUACAUCAACGAGCGGGAACCGUGCGACACGAUGAAGGUCGGCCGGCAUCUAGACGCGAAAGGAUUCGGCAUUGCCACGCCCUUGGGCUCACCGCUAAGAGAUCCCAUCAACCUGGCAGUCCUCUCGUUAAAAGAGAACGGUGAACUCACCAAACUGGUCAACAAAUGGUGGUUCGAUAGGACGGAGUGCAAACACUACGACAAACAGGACGCGUCCAGAAACGAACUCUCGCUCAGCAACGUUGCUGGCAUCUUCUACAUCCUCAUAGGCGGGCUGCUCGUGGCGCUCGCCGUCGCCCUGGUAGAGUUCUGCAUGAAAAGCUCGAACCGGUCCAGCAAUCGUAUUCCACUGUCCGACACGAUGACGUCAAACUCGAACUCGAAAAACCGGCUCACCAUGCCACCGACGGCACGGGAGUAUGACAACGGUCGCAUCGGGUACUACACCCCGGCGACACACACCGACCCGGACCCGAUCCACGCCAACUCGCACACGCAGGUUUGAUGUAAGGAGCCGCCGGAGCUGCGCCUAUGACGUCCACCGUACGCGCCCACCAUCCGACAGAUCGUGGCCAACAGCCGCCACGAUGCGUCCACGUUGCUGAAGCGCGAAAACGUCCCCGGCGGUGUGCCUCCGGUAGUGCACGACAAUUCCUGUCUAUAAGCGAGAGAGCGAGCGAAAGAGAGGGGCAGAGAUAGAGAGAGAGAGCAAGAGAGCAUCCUGGUAAAUCAAAUCGCCCCAACAAAAACCUUUGCCAACGCUUGCCCACUUGCACCACUUUGACGGUGACGUUCGUUAGAUGUUUCCAGCUAUUGGAGACUCACCGUCAAAAUGGCGUCGGCGGGAAGUUCUUCAUUCUUGGGAUUUCCUUGCGAAAGAAACCAACAAGCUCAAAUAUCAAUGGAGGAGCUUACGGCCGGUUUAUAGCCCGAAACGGUCGUCAAAUGUGUCCGACCUUCUCUACUGAGGUCCCGUCGACAGAGUGCGACGCGAUGUGUACAUAGAUUAGGAAUUAUCAAUAUCUUAACCCUUUGUUAGAGUGUCCUGCUCGGUUUUGUUUCCUCCAGCAUUCCCCCAACCGGUGGGUGGGAGUCGAACGUUAAGUUUUUUCGUUACGAGAUAAUCAAAUUACUAGCCCGUAAGUCGCUGUCAGAGCCACUGCACGGUUAAGGAAAAACCCCUCGGAACCGGAGUUCCACCGAGAGGUAGAGGUGUUUAGCUGUGCAUAAGGACUGUGGCCCGUUUCCCAUAGCAAGGUAUAGAAAUUGGAAGCAAAUGCGUGAAGGGCGCGAUCGUUCGCCCGGUAGUUAAAUCAUUAUAUCGAUAUGAAUAUCGAAAUGGACUGUAUGAAAGUGUGUAGGUAAGAGUAAUCACUAUUGCUGCAAACGAUUCGAGGCGCAUGAACGGGGUACCUAGAACUGAAAACGGAAAACGGUUAAUGGUCGGGACUGAAACCCCGCGUGCUGAUUGUAGAACUCACCGGGUUGCUGCAAGUCACCACCCAUUAGGAUAACGACAUCAACAGCUAAACAGAAACUUAUGAAACAAUCUUAGUUCGUUGGUAAAAAUAAUCUCGGUCAACAGAGCAAACUUUCCAAAAUCAAACCAAAACAUACCAAAUCAAAUAAUCUACUUAAGAGAGGCUGGGCCGUCGGAAACCACAAGAAUCAAAUACAACAGAUCAAAACGGACGAAGAAAGGGAAGGGAUACCUUUCCUCGUGGCUACUAGCAAACUACCAAUCCAGUUCUCUUAAUAACUCUCUGUACUAUUCUAUUCUAAAUAAAACAGAAGACUAAUGCGACUCCAACCGGGGAACGUAGGUAAACGACGAUGAAAAGAAAAACCCUGGAAAAACCAGCAAAACUAACAGAAGGAAAAUGAAUGUCACCGACGGGUGGACAGUUGCAAAGCAGCAUAUUGACGAACAUAGGACUGUUUUUUUAUUUUGUCGAAUAAUCAACCAACUGUAGCUUAUCUCAUCCGAAAUGUGAUCGGACACACAGACAAACACACCAGCCACGGCUGUUAAAUGAAGGUGAGUGAGAUAGACAAAACCGUAAACUUCAAACUUAAUAAGCAAGGUGGCCAACAGAAACGAUUGGAAUUUAAAGCAAAACAAACAAAAUACCCCUAGAGUAAAACAAUCGGAGUGGGUGAGAAACAGCGACGGAGAGAGAGAGAGAGAGGAAGUAUGCAAAAACACAAGGUAAACCUACACCAUCAUACCAUCCCUCCUGAGCCCCCCAUUCAUUCCCAGUAAGCCAAACAAACAGAAACAAAAAAAAACACACACACACAGCGAGUGAUCAAAAAUUUGUAUAGUAUAAGAAAGGCUAAGAAUAUUGACUAAACGUAAGCUAUUAAAAGAGUGGUAAUAAAAUAACGAAAUAAAUAAAUCACGUCAAGCCAUGUAACUAGUAACUUAUCCUAAACAAAAACAAACACACUCAAACAAAUACGAGCAGUCCAACAUCACUCUGACACACGAACACACACCCACAGACAACAGAAGAGAGCAGCCAGGACAGAACAAAUUCUGUGUUUGAGAGUAUAGUGGAUGACUCAAUCACCUUGUACACCAGUGUGUGUGUGUAAAUGUUAGCAAAAGCUGCAGAGGCCAGAUUGAGACUACACUUAACACACAUACACCGUAUACAUUACUCCUACCCGUAACGCAUCCUCCACAGCUAUGGACAGAGGAGAUUCAACAAAGCUGUUCCAUCACUAUGCUAGAGUCGGUAAGCGGCGAUUCGAUCUAUACAGGAAACCUAUUGGUUGAGAGUGUUUUUGCUUUUCUUUACAAAUUUCUACAACCGAAAAGCCGUCUCGCAAGAUCAAACAAUGGAAAUCCAAAACAAAAACCCACUUAAAAAGCCCAAAAUCAUUCCUACUUUAUGUGACUGUUGUGUUAGUUAACAGAGCCAGAUGACAGAGACUUACCACGGGCAGUCGCAAGGGAGCGGCCAGUAUAGGACGAUCAGGACAUGCGACACAAAGGGUCGGUGCCACUGUUCGCAUUGUGUGGAUGCGAGAAAAAAGAACAGGUAAGAGAGAGAGAGCAACAGAGAGAAAAACAAAGGGAAGAAACCCGACUCGGCAGGAGUGUAAAACAAAUCAUGCAAAGAAAAUUACGAAAAUUUGUUGAGAUCGUUUGAAAAUAAAAUCGAAUUCCAUAAGAAAAUAA